AUGUCGCUUCGACGACGAUCGUGCGAUUCAUGUUUUACUUCACGCCGAAAGUGUGAUAGAGCCCUACCUAUCUGCUCAAGGUGUCAGCGGAAUAACAAGAACUGCCAGUACGCCUAUCUUCCAUUGCCCUCGGAUGGACAGACAGCACAGCCUGGCCAUGAUUUAAACCAGAUUUCGAGAUAUGACCAACGCGAAACAACACCCGUUGCUCUGAAUGUCGCUAAGGUAGAGGUUCCAUGGCAUAGUAUGCCAUGGUCACUAGGCCAAUUGGGUACGCAGCCACGAGUGGUCGGUCUGGAGAGCCAUACAUGGGUAUACACACAGUUCAGAGAUUAUCCUCAGCUAUUUGCCACACGAGGUGAAAACAUUUUCAUCCAUCCGACAUUAUAUCGUACCUCCUUCCCUGCCUCCAUUCGGACAGCCUUUGGUAUAUGUGCCGCGACCUUGUCGCUGAACCAGCAAACACGUCCUCUGAUAUUCCAGGCUGUGGAUGCGGAAGUGCUCAGCCUGCUACGUUCGCCGUUGACUGGGUCUCUAUUUGAGAAACUGGCAGCGUUUCAGGCCCUAGUUCUGUAUCAAAUCGUGAGGGUCUUCUAUGGGGACAUGAAAGAGCAGUGGGCGGCAGAACAGCAGGAAUUCAUUGUGAGGUCGAUUGGCCUGCGGCUCCUUCGUCAAGCAGAGGCAGAACUACCAAUGCCUCCCACCACAUGGGAGACUUGGGUUCUCGCGGAGAGUGUUCGGCGGGCUGUCCUGUUCUCUUUCAAGUUAUAUACAGUGUAUUGGAGUUUCAGAGCGGGUACCUGCAAAGAGAACGGUGCACUAAAUCMCCUGCCGUUAUCCGCCAAUCCAGGGCUAUGGGACUCUCAAAAUGUAGACUUCGAAGAUGUGGCAAGAGACACCAUUAUAACGCACGGGCAGCUUCUUGAACGCUGGCAAGCUGCUCCGCAGCGUAAGCUCGAUCGCUAUGAAAAUCUUCUCGUCGUUGCUUGGAAAGGAGCUCCCACGGUGGAAGCGUUGUCACACUGCCGGAUUGAGGGCUUAUAA